CGGCGAGUGGCCAGAGGGACAGACGAGUUUGCCCCACGUGGACAUUUGGUUCGGGGAGGCGUUUGCGCUGGGACUUGGGGGGCAGCCCUGGCCGUGAAGGACAAGUCUUUAGGCCCAGCAUGGAUGGAGCUGCGCUGGUCCCCACACCUGAAGGUGCAGGCAGGCUCAUGACGGUCAAGGAGGAGGAUUCUGCCUGGGAGCAGGUGUGCGGCUCACGGGAGAGCAGCUGCCAUGCUCCGGAGCUGUGCCGCCUGCGCUUCCGGAGGUUCUCCUACCGGGAGGUGACCGGGCCCCGCGAGGCUCUGGCCCAGCUCCACGAACUCUGCCGCCAGUGGCUGCGGCCCGAGACGCGCAGCAAGGAGCAGAUCCUGGAGCUGCUGGUGCUGGAGCAGUUCCUGACCAUCCUGCCCGCGGAGCUCCAGGCCCGGGCGCGGGAGCAGCACCCGGAGAGUGGGGAGCAGGCAGUGGCUGCGCUGGAGGACGUGGAGAAUGACACAGGACAGCAGGCUUCUGUCUGUCCUCCGGGACAGGACGUGCACCCACUGGUGACAGAGUAUCAGGGAGCCUCUUCGGAGUGUCGGAGCCUCCAGCUCCUGCCCAGGGUAACCGCCUUCAAGUGUGAACCUCCAGAGCUCCGCCAAGAGAGCCCCCGAGAAGCGAGCGCUGAAGAAGUUUUAAGGAAAGAUGGAUUGUUUAAUGCAAAACAAGAAACUUCUGAAGAAAUGGAGCAAGGCACUCAGGCCUCAGGAGUACUCAGCAGAGACUGUGUGCCCCAGCCACCUUGUACUUCUGUCCAUACUGAUGGGACAGUUGUACAUAGGAACACCCUGAAAGACCGUCACCCAGGUGACUUGUGGGCCCGAAUGCACAUCUCCUCCUUGGAAUAUGCUGCAGGAGACAUUACCCGAAAGGGGAGAAAAAAGGACAAAGCUCGAGUGAGUGAACUCCUCCAAGGCCUUGCGUUUUCUGGUGACUCAGAUGUGGAAGAAGAGAACAAGCCUGAGGUCCACCCUGCUCCAAAAAGGCUAAAGAUAUCACAUGUCCCAGAGAAGAAUUGGACCAAAAGAGACCUUAAACCCAACUUUCCAAGCUGGUCAGCACUGGAUUCUGGACUUUUGAAUCUCAAGAGUGAAAAGUUGAACCCAGUAGAACUGUUUGAAUUAUUUUUUGAUGAUGCAACAUUCAACUUGAUUGUCAAUGAAACAAAUAAUUAUGCAUCUCAGAAAAAUGUCAAUUUGGAAGUCACAGUUCAGGAAAUACGGUGUCUGUUUGGUAUCUUGCUUUUGAGUGGAUUCGUGAAGCGUCCCAGAAGGGGAAUGUAUUGGGAAGUCUCUGAUGCAGAUCAGAACCUGGUUAGGGAUGCAAUGAGAAGGGACAGAUUUGAAUUGAUUUUCUCAUACCUACAUUUUGCAGAUAACAGCCACCUAGAUCAAAAAGAUAAGUUUACAAAAUUGAGGCCUCUCAUAAAGCAAAUGAAUAGAAAUUUCCUCCUAUAUGCUCCCCUCGAAGAAUAUUAUUGUUUUGAUAAAACAAUGUGUGAAUGCUUUGAUAGUGACCAAUUCCUGAAUGGGAAACCUAUCAGAAUUGGCUAUAAAAUUUGGUGUGGCACAACCACACAGGGUUAUCUGGUUUGGUUUGAGCCCCAUCAAGAAGAAUCACCUGUGAUGGUGAAUAAUGAUCUUGAUCUUGGUUUAGGUGGAAAUCUAGUGAUGCAUUUUGCUGAUGUUCUUUUAGAGAGAGGCCAGUACCCCUAUCACCUGUGUUUUGACAGCUUCUUUACAAGUGUCAAAUUAGUGUCAGCCUUGAAGAAGAAAGGAGUGAGGGCAACAGGAACAAUUCGUGAGAAUAGGACUGAAAAAUGUCCCCUUAUGAAUACAGAAGAUAUGAAAAAAAUGAAGAAGGGGUAUUUCGAGUUCCAAGUCGAAGAAAAUGAGGAGAUAAUUCUGUGUCGUUGGCAUGGUGAUGGCGUCAUCAGUCUGUGCUCCAAUGCUGUAGGCAUAGAACCGGUCAGUGAGCUAAGUUCUGCCGAUGAUGAAAUCUGUCAGGGAGCUCAGCCAUCUAUAGUGAAAUUCUCAGCUGCGGUUUCCGGAGCCUGCUGGGUGGCAGACUGGCUUGGAGUACAGAUCAGUCUUCAUGUAGGAGAGGACAAGAUGGCGGAGAAGUAG